AUGGAGCGCACCCUCGAGGGCUCCUGCGCCUGCGGCCGCAACCACUACGUCGUCCAAGUCCCUCCCGCCUCCGACCAGCUCGCCUCCGUCCUCUUCGACAGCAGUCUCCGAACCCGCCGCCACCAAGGCACACCGUUCAGCGCCUUCCUCCGCGUGCCCCUGAGCUGGUACCGCUCAUCCGCCGAGCCGCUCUACCCGGACGAGCCGCUCUCCCUCAUCCGCCGCACCUUCCACGAGCCGCAACCGCCGACGCCGCCGCCGACGCCGACGGCCACGACGCCGACCCCGCCCCUCGGCCUCCGCCGCCAGUUCUGCGGCUUCUGCGGCACGCCGCUGACGUCGUGGCACGAGCGCACGCGCGAGGACGCCGACUUCAUCUCGCUGACCCUCGGCAGCCUGCGCGAGCAGGACGUGCGCGAGCUCGAGGACAUGGGGCUGUUCCACCACAAUGGCGACGCGGAAGCGGGGAUAAUGUCGGCGCCGGCGAGUAGGGCUGCGACGCCGCCCGGGGGCCAGCAGCAGCGACAGCCGAGACUGGCGCGGGAGGUCUUUGGGCCGUUGCAGGUCACGCCGGGGCAGGGCGCGCCGUGGUUCGAGCGGUUGGUGGAGAACAGUCGGCUGGGGACGAUAAAUAGGACGCGUGGGGGAUAUGCGGCCGACGAUGGCUCCUAUCGCGAGGAGUGGGAGGUGGUGGAGUUUGCGAACGAUGAGGGCGAGCCCAUGGAUACGGAGCCGGUCUUUACCGGGAAGAGAAAGUUGUCGUCGUCGUGA